AGCGAAUAGAAUUAAGUACGGGUUAACGAAAUCUUCAUCUGGCGGGAAACGGCAAUUUUAACGAAACGGUAACCAACAAUGCAAAAGUCCAUAAAAUCAUUUUUCUCAUCUCCAAAGCCCAAGAAAGAUGAAACACCUACUAGCAAAAAUGCUAUUGAAGAUGAAGUUAAGGACGAGCGAUCUCCCCUGAAACAAAAUAAUGGAUCCCCGACAAAGGACUCGCCUGUAAAGGCGACAAGAAAGGGAAGGAGAUGUUGGGUUAUUGAGAGUGAUGACGAGGAGGAGGGAACUAAGGAAACAGAACAGGAGAACCAGUCAAACAGUACUGACCCGGUCAAGGUUAAUGGUGUUGAAGACAAGAAGACAAAGAGUGAUGAAGUUGAGAUGGUUGAAUCACCGGCAAAGUCUCCAUUUGGACUUCCAAUCAGAAAAACAGCCCGGAAAAGUAUGACAACCCCCAAUAAUAAGAAGAAGAGUCUGUCCUUUAGUCCUCAGAGUGAAUCGCCGGCCAAGAAAAUCAAGCUGGAGAAGGAGGAAGAGCCAGUCUCCAAUGAAAAGUCAAAUAAAAAUACAGAGGCUGAUGAGGUGAAAGUUGAGGUCAAGAGGGAAACUGUGGAGGAAGACAUGGAGAUGGAGGAGGCAAAGGAAACUAAAACAACACCAAAGUCAACUAAAAAAUCAGCGAAGAACCAGAAAAAGAAAAAGGAAGAGAAAUCUCCGAGUACAAAACAAAAUGAUGCUUCUGAAGAAAAGAAAAGUUCAAAGACCACAAAAGAUACUGCAGAAAAGAAACCACAGAAAACUUUUCACAGUUUUUUUGCACCAAAAACUGAACCAAAAGUGGAAGAUUCAUCAAGUGAAGAUAAAAAAUCCAGUGAUGAUAAGAGUGUAAAGAAGGCUUGUUUGUCAGAGAAGAGAGAGCAUGGAGGAUAUGAUCCAGCCAAAUCAAACUAUCAUCCCAUCGAAGAUGCAGUCUGGACACGAAAUGAAAAAGUUCCCUACCUGGCUCUAGCCAAGACUUUUGAAGCAAUUGAGAACAUUUCUGGAAGACUGAAAACAAUAGAGAUUCUCUGCAACUUCUUCCGGUCGGUAAUAGCUCUGAGCUCCAGUGAUCUGGUUCAGUGUGUGUACCUUUGUCUGAACAAGUUAGCCCCGGCGUACGAAGGUCUGGAGCUGGGAAUAGGGGAGACAGUUCUGAUGAAGGCCAUUGCCCAGGCAACAGGUCGAGGAAUUGACAAAAUUAAAGCUGAUGCUCAGGAGAAAGGGGACCUAGGACUAGUGGCUGAGACGAGUAGGAGUUCCCAGAGAACGAUGUUUGCUCCUCCAAAGUUGACUGUACCAGCAGUGUUUAAUAAGCUCAAAGAGAUAGCAGGCAUGUCAGGCAAUGCGGCCAUGACAAAGAAGAUAGAAAAGAUUAAGGGUAUGUUUGUGGCAUGCCGACAGUGUGAGGCACGGUACCUGAUCCGCUCGCUGGGCGGGAAGCUCCGGAUCGGCCUUGCGGAGCAGAGUGUGCUGACCGCCCUGGGAAAUGCUGUGUUCAGGACACCUCCAGGUCAAGAAUUUCCUCCGGAAGUAUUGGAUGCUGGUAAAGGUAUGGGAGCUGAUACCUUGAAAAAGAAAAUGGAGGAAUGUACUCUUGUAAUCAAGACAACCUACUGUGAGUGUCCAAAUUAUGAUGCCAUUAUCCCAGCUUUGAUAAAGUAUGGCAUUGAGGAACUACCAAACCAUUGUAAACUUACCCCGGGUGUUCCACUCAAACCCAUGUUAGCACAUCCUACCAAAGGAGUUAGUGAAGUUUUCAAACGUUUUGACGAGGCAGACUUCACAUGUGAAUAUAAAUAUGACGGAGAGAGAGCACAGAUUCACAUUCUGGAGAAUGGCGAGGUACACAUAUACAGCAGGAACUCGGAGAACAACACAAGCAAGUACCCAGACAUCAUCGCCAGGAUCCCCAAGGUACGAAACGACUCGGUCACAUCCUGUGUCAUCGACUCGGAGGCUGUUGCCUGGGAUGCAGAGAAGAAACAGAUCCAGCCAUUCCAAGUUCUUAGCCACAGGAAGAGGAAGGAUGCUGAUGCCUCAGAAAUUAAGAUCCAAGUGUGUGUGUAUGCCUUUGACCUGCUGUUUCUCAAUGGAAAGUCCCUGGUGAAGGAGCCUUUCAGGAAGAGGAGAGAACUCCUGCACUCUUCAUUCAAAGAAGUGGAGGGAGAGUUUGUAUUUGCCAAGUCCAUGAUUUCAUCAAACACUGACGAGAUCGCAGAGUUUCUUGACGAAUCUGUUAAAGGAAACUGUGAAGGUCUCAUGGUGAAAACUCUGGAUGUGGAUGCCACCUAUGAAAUUGCCAAAAGAUCUCACAACUGGCUCAAGCUGAAGAAGGACUACUUGGACGGGGUUGGGGACACCCUAGACCUGGUGGUGAUGGGGGGAUUCCUGGGGACAGGAAAGAGGACCGGCAAAUACGGGGGAUUCCUACUGGGCUGCUACGACGAAGAAAAUGAAGAGUUUCAAUCCAUAUGCAAGAUUGGAACAGGAUUUACUGAUGCUGAUUUAGAAAAACAUGCCACAUUUUUCAAGGACCAUGUCACAGAAAAGCCUAAACCAUAUUAUCGCUACGAUUCCUCUGUAGAACCAGACCACUGGUUUGAUGCAGUGCAGGUUUGGGAGGUCAAGUGUGCUGACCUCUCUAUAUCUCCCACACAUCUCGCCGCUGCAGGAAUCGUUGAUCCAGAGAAAGGUAUAUCCUUGAGGUUUCCUCGGUUCCUGAGAAUUAGAGAUGACAAGAAAGCGGAGGAUGCCACUUCAGCCUCCCAGGUGGCAGAACUCUACAAAAGCCAACAACAAAUUCAAAAUCAACAAAAAUCUGAAAAGGAGGAGGUUGAAGACUUUUAUUGAAGAUACAUUUACAUUUAAUUUAUAGUAUGAAUUGUAAAUUAUUAUACAAAUACAUUUUUACAUCAGGAAAAAGAGUUAUUCCUCUUGG